AUGGGCGGUGCUUCAGGGUCGUCCGUCAUGGGGAUAGAAUGGUCGUUACUCGGAGUGGCAUAUGUCUUCGUCGCCACGCGCAUGUUCGUAAGGCUUCACAAUCAGCAGAAGAACUUGUUGGUGUCGGAUCUCCUUCUCUUGCUCUCUGCUGUCUUUGCUCUUGGACUGGCGAUCACCGAUACCAUGACCUAUGAGCUUGGCGGAUUGGGAGAUGAAGAAAUUGUAGAUGCGAGUACUCUCAUCAAGCUGAGAAAAAUCGCCUUCGCUGGCAAUUAUUUUUACGACACCUGCAUCUAUUUCCCGAAAUUCUCCAUCCUCGCGCUCUACUCGAGACUAAUUCCAAGUACGAUGCCGAGGCUGCGGAUCGCACUUUGGGUUGUGUCCGGAUUCGUUGUCGUGUGCUGUUUGACUACGUGCUUUUCGGAUACGUUUUGGUGCGGUGCCAAUGUCGCUUCGAAUUGGUCUUUAGCAGACGGUGCUUGUGUUGCAUUCGACUCGUUACACUUAUUCAAUUUGGACUGGUCACUCAACUUCAUCUCCGACGUACUUAUCUUCGCACUACCAUUUCCCCUCUUCCGAAACUUAACGCUUCAGAAACGCCAGCUUUAUGGCCUAAUCUUCACGUUCGGCUUAGGCAUGAUCACCGUCGUGGUGAACGUAGCACGCUACGCCACUAUCCGCCUAACAAACAACUUUAACGCUAUCUACGUCUGGGGUAUGGCCGAAAUGGCUACAUCAAUCAUGGUCGCCUGUCUCCCGGCGCUACGCUCACUUCUCCGUCGCGCUGGCGAGCUCUCCUCGAGUGACUACAAGUCCUCCAAAAGUCGCAUUGCCCGCACCUUUGGCACCGCGCUCUCGAAGAUAGGUGUAUCGAGGCUUGGUUCGUCCCGUGUUGAGAACCUCAAGAGUAGCCGGCGUGGCAAUGGUGUCGAUCGAAUGGAGAGGCUUUCCGAUGGUAGAGAUAGCCAGGUCGAACUUACCACCCAAAGUAGAACUUCGGUGAUCUAUAAGACUCAGAGUAUUCAUGUGCAAAGUACACGAUAUGAGUCGAGUGACAGUGCUGAGAGAGAACGGGAAAGGCCGAGCGGCCUGGGGAAUGAUUCGAAGGCUUGGCAUAGAUAG